UCAUUCUUACUGUCAUUACGUGACAGCGAAAAAAGACAUGCGGGCGGCCUAUGUUUAUUGUGGAAUCAAAAAAACCGAUGUAUAAUUUUAUGACAAAAUCUACAAUAAUUGGUUUAAAUUAGUUCAUCUCUUUGCAUUUUUCUUCUCUUUUAAACAUGGAUUACAAUUACGAACAAACCAGUGAAGUGGAAGCAUUAGAUUCUAUAUAUUAUGGAGAUAUGCAGAUUUUAGAAACGGAGCCACUACACAAGUUCGGCAUAUCGAUAAAGUCUGAGACUUUCGACGAGGGUGAAGGAUUAGCAUGUCAGCUUGUUUUCACAUACACACCAAAGUACCCUGACGAACUUCUACUUAUAGAGAUCGAGAACGAAGAGAACUUUGAAGAUUUAGUCGAUAAAAAUGAACUAUUAGAACAUUUAAUUCAACAGGGCAAAGAAAACCUGGGUAUGGUUAUGGUUUUUACCCUAGUGUCUGCAGGACAGGAGUGGCUCAAUGAAAAGUGGGAUCACAUAAAGAAAGAACAAGAAGAAAAGGUUUUAGCGAAGCUUAAGGCUGAUGAGGAAGCAGAACUGAAAAGAUUUGAGGGCACCAGAGUUACAGUAGAGUCAUUCCUGGCAUGGAGAAAACAGUUUGAAUUGGAUAUGAACAUCCAAGCAAAGAGGGAGAAGGAAGCCAAAGACAAGAACAAGUUAACUGGCAAAGAGCUGUUCCUCCGAGAUACCACUCUCAAUGAGUCAGACUUGAAGUUCUUGGAUGAUGGUGAUGCAGUUAAGGUUGACGAGUCCCUAUUCCAAGAUCUGGACGACCUUGAGAUUUCCGACGACGACGACGAAGACUAUGUACCAGGCCGGAGCGGUAGUGAAAGCGAUUAGCAAAUAAUUCCGUGCUCACCGUAGAGCACUUGUACAUAUAUUAUUUGAGUGAUUAUCGGACUUUGUGGCUUAAAGUUUACCAUGUUUAAUCUAAGUUAUUCUUUCAAAUAAAAUAUUUUUCUUUGUA